ACUCUGAAUAUUGAUUACAAAACCAUAUCACAAAUGAGUUACCAAGAUGCAUUGAAGUAUGUGAGAAAUUUGCAAAAAAUUGAAACGAUACCGUGCAAAAAUUUUGUCCAUUAUGGAAACAUAACUUAUGGAGUAUAUCAGGAGAUGUCUCUUGUCUGUCACAAAAGAAUUUUUGAGGAAAUUUUAGACAUAUCUCCGCAGUAUGGAAUACUUUUUGGCCAGUUGUUUGUACUUCCUUUGGCCGACUUAUUUGGCAGGAAAAGGGUGAUAAGAUGGGGUUGGAACGCUCUCAUUUUUAGCACGAUUAUGACUCCAUCAACAACUUUUGUCGAAACCAUUAUUUUAGGGAGGUUCUUUGCAGGGGUCGGAUUUUCCGCCAUGUUCCUACCCGUGCAAGCAAUUAGUCAGUUUUCCCUUGUUGAAAUAUCCACUAUUCGUAAGCGACCUUAUCGAUUUGUGAUAACUUAUAUUGGUGCUGGACUAAGCUGGAUUAUAACACCAUUACUGGUAAAGAAUAUCACACACUGGCGUUAUUUGCAUUGGGUUCUAGCCACCCCGCUUCUGCUAAUACCGUUAAUGAUCUGGUUUCUUCCCGAAUCUCCUCUAUGGUUUAUUUCAAGACAAAUGAAAGAUAAGGGACGAGAAAUAUUGCAAGCCCUUAAAGACCCUGUCAAGCAAGAAGAAUUGCUUCUAGAACACAUGAACGAAAAAGUGUUCAAGUCUGAUACUUUUCAGAACGACUAUAGAAAAUUAAGGCUAUUUUUUAAACCCGGAAUUUGGCUUCUGAUAUUAUUGGGUGCUAUUACAGGAAGCGUUUACUUUAAAGGAAUUUUUGAAAGAUUUAUUUUUCCGCUGUGCAUUUCUCGGCAAGAUUACUACAUAUUAUCUGGUGGAAUUGAAAUUGUGACCAACUUAUUAUGCAUUAUUCUAACGCUCAAGUGUAAUAGAAGACAUUAUGUUAUAGCCACGUCACUAUUAGUCACUUGUUUGGGAUAUUUUGCUGCAUUUGCACUCAACGAAAAUUCCAUAAUGCAUCUGAUAAUGAUAGCAGUAGCCGAUAUAAGUUCGAGCAUCACCUACGUAGUUAUCAGCUUAUUAAUAACAACGAUAUCAUCCACGAAAUACAGAUGUACUUGCACUGGUUUACUUAACGGGUUGGGGUUUACCAUGGGCACGAUAGUUACAAACCAUUUUCAACAUCAUCUAAUCAAAAAGACUCCUGCCCUAUUCUUGGUAUUGAGCAUAGUAUCGUUUAUUGGAUCAAUUGUUUCGUAUUUUUCACCCUUGAUCAAUGAAGAGGACGAACUGUCAGAAAAUAUGGACGAUAAUAAGACCUGGGAUCCGUGAAUCUCAAAAUUUACGAAACUGUUAAAACUCAUGGAAAAAACGGUAAAAUAGAAGAUAGUAU